AUGUCACGUGUUGCUUUCGUCUUCGCUCUUCUUUGCACUGUCCCAUUUAUCGACAGUCAAGUAAUGCCGGGAGGAGUAUCUCCCAUUAAUGCGAGUGAUCCCAAGAAUAUGGAAAAAGCAUGGAAAGCUGUGAAUGCGGUUAAUGAAAAGGUCAACGACGGAGACCACCUUAUGGUUCCAGUCAAGGUUGAGAAAGCAGAACAACAAGUUGUGGCUGGUAUGAAGUACAUCUUUGAAAUACUCUACGGGGAAUCUACAUGCAAAAAAGGACAAACAAAUGCAGUUAAUGCUGCCAACUGUCCACCAAAACCAGACGGGCACCAAGCCUUGUAUGAAGUCGAGCUAUGGGAGAAGCUAUGGGAGAAUUUCGAGCAGUUCACUGUUAAGAAAAUCCGAGAUGUACAUGCCUGA